CUUGGAUCGCUCGAUUGCAUGCAUUGGGCAUGGGAAAUGUGCCUAACGGCGCUAAAAGGACAGCUGAGUGGGAAAGAAGGCAAGCCUACGGUCGUUCUCGAAGUGGUUGCAGAUCAACGCGUGUGGAUCUCCCACUUCUUCUUUGGCUGCGCAGGAUCCAAUAAUGACAUCAAUAUUAUUGACAGAUCACCUCUGGUAAAUCACCAUGUGAUUAACCACGACUUGUAUGAUUCCUUUGCGUACGUUGCUGGAGGGAAGGAAUUCCACCAGCUGUACUAUCUCGUCAACGGAUUUUAUCCACCUUACGCGUGCUUCAUGGCUACAAUUUCCCGCCCAAGUUUCCAAAAGGAAAAGAUCUACGCAAAGCGCCAAGAGAGUAUAAGGAACUAUGUUGAGCGCACGUUUGGAGUACUGCGCGGAAAGUUUCGAAUUCUUAAGCUUCCGAGUCGCAUCUGGUACGGCAAGGACAUGUUGUAUGUGAUGAAGGCCUGCGUUAUCAUUCACAACAUGAUUAUUGAGGACGAG